AUGGAACCGAACCGUUACGAGAACCCUGCCGCGAUUCCACAUCCAGGGCAUAGCAUACCCGUGCACACAAGAUCAGAAUCGGAGCAUUUCGCUACUGGUGCUCAUGGCGAGGCGCAGAAUCACCCUCGUCUCCCACCUUCGACGAAUACCAAACAAUCCGAGGAGCUGUUGCACACUAUGAGGCCGACAAAUCGAUCGUCAGACGAUAGAUCAGACUUGGCAUUCCAGACAGCAGCCAACGAUCUCGGCAUGAAGAAUGACGGCUUCUUGGGUGAGUGGAUGGCGAUCGACCAUAGAGAUGUCCCUUCUGAUGGAUUAGGAAUAUCACACGACAUGUUCUUCCCAACCCCAGUCAUGACAGAGGUAUGGGGGGAAGAGUCUACUCCAAAUCUAUCGUGGGAUUCAGGUCAGGAGCUGCCAAAUUUUCUAUCGGAUAGACCUAUGGUUCAGGUUGAGCCAUGUGAAGCAGUAGAUGGAGCCGCGCCUGCGGGUGGAAGGCGCGAACUCGCCUUGGAGAAGAGAAUGCCAGAAACGCAUAAUGACGUCGACACGGCAAUGCCCCUCCCAAAGACAACCUCUCAGCUCAAGCCAUCCGCUCUGACUGGAGAACGUCUAGUGCAUAUUCUCAAGGCUGUUGCUGCAGCUGGCUUUGACAGUCUGGACGACGCCGUUCUUGCCUACUAUACGGAAAAUCUGAAGGACGAGGAUCAGCUUCGGCAACAGCAGAGACUGAGUCGCAUUCGACGGUUGCCUGUGCUCUUAAAGGAACUCCAUCUCGCAGCGCAAGACUGGGGUCCAUGGCAGCGGAGAGGGUUUCAUGAGCAAAUAAUCAAAAGUACGGAAGAUAUCAUCGUUACAGAGCUUCAAGAACAUCUUUCCACAGGCCGAUCCGGUCAUUGCAAGUCGAAUUGCAGCACUGAGCAGCGAUGUCAACCCUGCAAGCAAAUGGCGAUGGAUGAAACAGAUAUUGAGGCUGAGAUUCCCAACACAUGGACCUUGCUGACCUCACUCUCUUCCAAAUUUGAUGCUAUCAGUUCAAAGAAUGGGAAGGCUGAUGUGCCCAAGUUGGUGAGAAGGUUCCUGGCAACUGGAACUGAUCCACAUGCUUAA